GUGGCUUCGACGGGCGGCGGCGGAUGCGAUCGGCGCCAGAUGCACGAGAGGGAGGGGGGUUAAAAUGCAAAAAGAAAACUAAAAAUUCUUCUCAAUUUAUAUUAAGUUGCCGAUGACAAUCUUAUCCUUUCUAAUGAAUGGUUUGAUAUUUCCUAUACUACAUACUACCAAAUGGUAGUAUUGUGCACCAUAAAAGAGCACUUGUGUGAUCCUUUUCACUCAAUGCCUCUUGUUUUUUAUCCGUAGGGCCAUCAAAGUGACACAAAAUAUGGUAUACGAGAAAGAAGACCCUUCGUUUUCUGCAAAUGUCAGGGAAAAUGUUGGGGGAUUUUCAUAUGCUGGCUUCUGGGAAAUGGAUGCCUCUUUGGGUUCAACAGAAGUACCACCCCACUAGAGUUAUUACACUGACAUAUCAACCAUUCAUCCUCACCACAACCGCAAUAUUCACAUAUCAUGAAGCAAAAGUCAACACUAGGAUGCGCAAUUUGGCGGGGUACAUUCUGUUCUUCUUGAGCUCAUUUGCAGCAACCAUUCUGAAUGUUGCAACUUCAGAAAGAGAUGGAAUGGCACCCUUUAUUGGCAUAUGUAUCAUUGCCGCUGCUUUUGGGGUUGCUGAUGGUCAUGUUCAAGGUGGGAUGACGGGUGAUCUCUCUCUGAUGUGCCCAGAGUUCAUCCAGGUACAUUUCGGAAGAAUUUUGUUUCUUUGGGAAGAUUCAAGAAACACAGUUUGAAUAUUGACUUGCAGUGCAGCUUGUUGGUUAAUUUGUUUUAUUAUUUUCAAUCCUUCUUUGCUGGACUAGCUGCAUCAGGAGCGAUAACCUCUGCGUUGAGGUUGGUAACAAAAGCAGCUUUCGAGAAUUCCCGAGAUGGACUUAGCAAAGGAGCUAGUAUGUUAGAGAUAACUAUGGAUAAAUAUACAUUUGCACCCGUUGACCUGUAUCUGAUAUAUUUACUUGCUUGAAAAUUUAUGCAGUGCUCUUCUCCUCAAUAUUGUGCUUCUUUGUGCUGGUGUGUGUUCUGCUAUAUGCUUUCAUCUUCCCUAAGUUGCCAAUUGUGAAGUACUAUCGUUCAAAAGCAGCUUCGGAGGGAUCUCUGAUGGUCACUGCCAAU